GGCGGGACCGCGCCCGCCAAUCCUAUGGCUCUGGGGACAGCGGGGAGCCCCGGUAGCCAAGGAGCAGCGAGAGCGCGGGGUGGCCGGCUGGCCGCGGGCAGCGAUGUGACCCGGGGCGCGGGCGGCGGUGGCGGUGUCUCCCCUUCGGGGCUGAGGCGGGACAUGGCGAAUGUCAAGGUGGCCGUCCGGGUUCGGCCUCUGAGCAAAAGAGAGAAUGCAGAAGGGGGAAGAAUAAUUGUAGAAGUUGAUGAAAAAGUGGCAAAAGUCAGAAACAUAAAGGUAGACAAUAGGCUUGAGGGCCCAUGGGACACAAGAGAGAAGAUUGUGGCUUUUGGCUUUGAUUUCUGCUAUUGGUCAGUUGAUCCUGAAGAUCCUAAAUAUGCAUCUCAGGAAGUGGUUUUCCAGGACCUCGGCACCUCAGUGCUAUCUGGUGCUUUUAAGGGGUACAAUAUCUGUCUUUUUGCAUAUGGACAGACGGGUUCAGGAAAAACGUACACGAUGAUGGGAACUCCAGCAUCCAUUGGGUUGACACCUCGUAUAUGUGAGGGCCUUUUCUCAAGGGAGGAUGAUUAUUCAGAGCAGCCAGCAUCUUGCAGAAUAGAAGUCAGUUUCCUUGAAAUCUAUAAUGAGCGUGUCCGAGAUUUGUUAAAGCAAUCAAACCAGAAAAAACCAUAUACGCUUCGUGUCCGAGAGCACCCUGAGACAGGUCCAUAUGUGCAAGGAUUGUCUCAGCAUUUAGUUACAGACUACAAAGAAGUCAUAGGACUUCUGGAAGAAGGAAUAGCCAACAGAAUCACAGCAGCUACGCAUGUUCACGAUGCCAGCAGCAGAUCCCAUGCCAUCUUCACCAUUCAAUACACUCAGGCUAUACUGGAGAACAAUCUCCCCUCUGAAAUUGCAAGCAAGAUCAACCUGGUGGACCUUGCAGGCAGUGAAAGAGCUGAUCCCAGUUAUUGCAAAGAUCGAAUUACAGAAGGUGCCAACAUUAACAAGUCAUUGGUUACUCUGGGAAUUGUCAUCUCCACCUUAGCACAAAACUCUCAGAUGUUCAGCAGCUGCCAGAGCAUAAACAGCAUAACUAGUGAAGGGGACAACCACGUGAGCAGUCACUCUCCAGGCAGUGUCAGCGGAACUAGGCGUCAGGCUUACAUCCCGUACCGUGACUCCAUCCUCACCUGGCUUCUGAAGGACAGUCUAGGGGGCAACUCCAAGACCAUCAUGAUCGCCACCAUCUCUCCUGCUAGCUCCAGCUACAAUGAGACCAUGAGUACUUUGAGAUAUGCCUCAAAUGCCAAAAACAUUAUUAACAAGCCCCGGGUGAAUGAGGAUGCAAAUGUAAAACUGAUUAGAGAACUACGAGAGGAAAUAGAUAGAUUAAAAACUAUGCUGAUGAGCUUUGAACUGAGAAAUUCUAGCCCUUCCUGGAGUGAUGACAGAGAUGGAAAUCUGACAGAAUUGGUUCUUCAGAAUGAAAUGAAGAUUGAACAGCUGACCAAAGACUGGAGCGAUAAGUGGACUGACAGGAAAGUCAUAAUGGAAGAAUACAGUGUGGACAUCAACAAAGAAAAAGCUGGAGUGACAAUAGAUACCAAUUUACCUCAUUUAAUGGCAGUGAAUGAUGAUAUCCUCAGUACUGGAGUUGUGCUUUAUCAUCUCAGGGAAGGAACAACCAAAAUUGGAAGAUGUGAUUCAGACCAGGAGCAGGAUAUUGUUCUGCAGGGUCAAUGGAUUGAAAGGAACCAUUGCAUUAUAGACAACAAGUGUGGAAUUGUGACACUGCGGCCAGUCCAGGGAGCAUAUUGUACUGUAAAUGGACAGAAAGUCACUGGUGCUUGUCGUCUGUCACAAGGAGGUCUUGUUGUCCUGGGCAAGGCUCAUAAAUUUAGGUUCAACCACCCAGCAGAGGCUGCCAUUUUAAGACAAAGAAGAUUGAUUAGUGAAGUCUCCACCGUAUUGAGCAGCAAAUCUUUGGAAUGGCUGGACUUGGAUGGAGAUUUCACUCCUUCCCCUCCCUAUAUCUUUUCUCCACUUGAAAAAGAAAGUCAAAAGCAUAUAGGCCAUGAGGAGUACAAACAUUCAACUGAAAUGAUGAGCAGAGAGAGAGAUUCUGUGCAUGAAGAGUACAAGCAGAAGCUGAGAGAUCAGGAAGCUUUCCACAGAGAACACAUUCAACAGCAGCAGCUCUACGUUGAGGAUUUAAAGCAGCAGAUCCUGGCAGGACAGAUCAAAGCAGAGCGGGAACUAGAAUAUGACCAGGCACUAAUCAACCAGCAGAUCAGAGAAAACCAACAGUGGCUUAAUGAGAAGAAACAACUUGCUUCCCUCCAGCCGCAGCAGAGGGAGUUUGCUGUACAGACAGAGUCUAAGUCAUAUGUAGAAGCUGAAGUGCAGAAUACUGUGGAUUUGGAGAUCUGUCCUUCCCUGGUAGAGCAGAACAGGAAGAGACUGGUUCAGCUGGAGCUUUUGCGGAGAUACUCUUUAAAGAAAGCAGAAAGAAACAUAAGGCGGAAAAAGGUCAAGUUCCAGUUGGAGAGGAUUAUCAAGAAGCAAAAAUUACUGGAAGCCAAGAGAAACCUAGAGCAGCUAGAGGCUAGCUGCUGGCUCAGUGAGGAUAACCUGAAACAGUCCCAAGUCCUGAACCAAAAUACCACAAUUACCUCCUGGGAUUACAAGUUGCAAAGGAGAAGCAAGUCAUUGGGUUCAAGUUCCUUGCAACACAGAAGACAUUCUUUUUGUAAUCCUUACCCACCACAUGUACCCAUUUACAGCUCUUUCCUGAAGAGGGAGACCACCUCUGAAUUAUCUACCUCACCAAAUACCUAUAAAUGCCAUGAAGGCAAUGCACCAUGGAAAACGCUGUCUCUAGAAUAUCUACCCAGAACAAUUAAAGAUAAUUCCAGGGGAGAUUACCUUAAUGAUGAGAGGUAUAGGUCCUUCGCAACACAGAGACAGCUAACUAAAAAACAAAAGACAUCACUGUUUGGAAAUAAAAAAGGAGCAGAAAAAGACUGUAAUGGUUCAGUUAUCAUAUUACAUAUCAACAAAGAUAAUAAAAAAAUGGAAAAAUUAGAUGAUAGACUUGUACAAACUGACCUUCAAAGCCAGACCUCUAAGAACCUCUCUUCCGAUCAGCUUAAGAAGAAAGGUGAACUCGAAACCUUUAUUACAGGGACACAAGUGACCAAAGUGAAGGUAUUAGGAGAUUCAAGUCAGCCUACAGGGAGACAGCUAGAAGAAAGUGAAGCCCAGGCAUCUCAUAAAAAGUCUAGAAUGGAUUUAAGAGGAGAGCGCCAAGAUUCACUUCCAGAAAGCUUUACUAAGGAAGUGAAAAAAUCAAUAGUGCGUGGAAAGCCACCAUCAGGUUAUCUAAGUCAAACAGCAAGGAACUUGAAAAGAGAGCCAAAGUCAUCCUUGCCAAGUCAUGAUAGGCAGUUAGUGGAAAAGCAGGAGUUUCUGAUGACGGCUACUUCAGUAGGAAACCUUAAUAAGAUAAACAUCCAGACACCACUCCGUUACAUUGAAAAAAAAUGGCACAGUGCUGAGGUGUUGAGUGUUGGAAUCUCAAAAACAGCCACAGAUCUGCUAGGGAACUGGCAAGAGGAUGAUGAAAAUGACUUUUCUGAUACUGAUAGUUCCUACUCUGUGGAUUCUCUCUCCUGUGCUUAUGCAAAAGCCUUGACUGAGCAACUGAAACAGGAAGAUUCAGACAGGAAUAAAUGUAUCACCAACCCAGAAGAUUCUGAAAGUGAUGAUAGUCAGAUGUCUCAAGACUCUCUGGUAGAAAAAGAAAAUAAAGCCAAAAAACGAAGUAAAAAACGUUUUCACAAAUUAGUGGUUCACCAAGAGCCAGUUAAGUUUUACAAAGACAGAUACGAUCACCAUAUCUCACCUUUGGUGACCUCAUCCACAUCACGCAAUGGAUUGGCAAAGACUGAAAGAAGCUUUUCUCUGGAUAGCUUAGCUGAUGCAGAAGAGGUGUUAGCAGAAGAUCUGGUAGAAGAAUCCAAAUCUGAUUCAUCUGAUGAAGUGCCUGCAGAGAUAUUUUGGAGGCUGCAGAGUCCUAGGUCCCCAGCCAUACAGACUGAGGAAUACCAGAAGCCUGGAGCCUGUGAUAAAGAUGUAAAAGGAACAAAUUAUGAUCUAAAACAGAGCAGUUCUUUUUAUCUGGGUACUCAAACACCGUCCAUUUGCAAUAACACUUGCAAACAGCCAUUAAAAGAGAUGAAGGUUUGUUCUGUAGAACAAGAAGGAUCGUUUGAUCAAAGACUUAAUUCUACAGGUGGAAACCCUUUGAUGCUCAUUGAUGCUUUGUCUUCAUAUGACUCCAAAAGUGAAAUCAACAGCCCCAGAAUAGCUGUACCUUCUUUUCAUAAAAAUUUACAAUUUUGUGGUGCUCAUCUGAGCAAGCUGGAAUGUUGGAUGAAGAAAGAUGACCUAAAGCAGUCAGCUGCUGAAGUAUCUUUUGUCUCUGGCUAUAAGCAGUUACAUAGUAUUUCUCAUUUAUCACAUGGCGUAAAUGAGAUAAACGCAACUUUCUCCUCUGAUGGAUCAGAAAUACCAUUACCAGAAACAACACAUUUUGAGAUAGAUGAAAACAAAGUUCCUGAGAGUGGAUCUUUAUUAAGUAAGAUGGUCAAAGAAAAUGCAAAUUCUGAUGAAAAUUCUGUCUUAGAAUCUCAAGAUGUUAGGUCAUUGUUUGUCAGUUCAAUAGGACCGAGUACUUCAUGUGUCCCCAUUUCAGCAUUUUCAGCAAAACGUGGUUAUUAUGAAGAUGUCAAGUCAGUUCAUCCUAAACACAAACAGCUUACUGUAUCAUCUACUUAUGGAUCUACUGUUGAAUACACACAACAGUAUAGCUGUUUGAAAAAAACCUCUGUGACAGAUUGUUUGUUACCAGUAUCUGGAAAAGAAGAGGGCUCUCUCCCCACAAUUUAUCCUGAACUGCCCAAGGAUCAGGAUUCUAAAAAAAUAUCAUUAAUUUCAACACCAUCUACAUAUGUUUUACAGCAGAGAAAUGAUCAUGGAGAUUCUGAUUUAGAAGAUAACUUCUUUAGAACUAUUGAAAAAGAAGACACGGGUAAUGAUUGUGAUAAUUUGAUAACGGAAUCAAAACCAUUAGAUUCAAACUCUAGAGAUGCAUCUGUCAAUGCAGCUGCCAGUGGAUUGUCUAAAGGGCUGUGUCCUGAUACAGCUUCAAUACCCACAGUAGGAAUAUCUUCAGAAAAACAGGGAAUAUAUGAAAAACAUGGUCAGCUCUCUGCAAAAGAGGGAACAUCAACAUCCUGUGAUGAGGGUUUCUUUCUCAGUGACAUGUCAAACAAGAAUAGGAAUACUGGUAUAAAGAAAAGUUAUACACUUCAGACUUCUGUUGAACAAGGAGAAAAUUCUGCUGGGAAAGUAGGUCUACUCAGUUACAGGGGGAAUAAUUUUAAAUCUGUGCAGAAGAUUGAUUACCAACAGUUGUCUGCGGGAGAAAUAACCAUAGACAAAGAUUUUUCUUCUGAAAGAAAACCCUGUCACACUGGUCCUGCAGCCUUUCCCCAGGAUGCUAGUUAUGACCAAUUCACAACAUCAAUAGACACUUUUCAGAAAGAGUUGGUCUGUAAUACAACAAGUAGAGAUAUCCUAAUUGAAACUGCCUUGGAGGCCCCUUCAUUCAGAGAUACUGAAAAAUAUGAACAGAAGGAGGAAAAUCUGUGUUCACAAAAUAAUUGUGAAAUUCAAAGGAAAAUUGUUUUAAAGAAUGAUUUUCUUGUAAAUUCACAGGCUGACAAUCCUGAAAGUUGCUUAUCCCUACAGGUUUUGGGAAACACCACAUUAUGUCCUGAGACUAUAAGAAAAGAAAGCAGUGAAAGUAAAGAAAAACAUAAUUUGAGUUCUCACCCUGUAGGCCAGGAAAGGUCUUCAUCCAAAUAUAGAAAUUUGGUGGUAGAUGAAUUAAGAUACCUUAAUGUGAAUUUAAAUGGAAAAAACACUGAGCUCUCAACUGCAGCUACUUGUGAAAUUAGAGAUGAAUCCACCUCACAGGCCAACUCAAGUGAAUUUUACUAUGACACAGCAAAAACUAAUCUUUUCCUACGUGCUUCUGAAGCUGAGAAAUAUAAUACACAACUGCAGGAUCUUACAGCGAUUAAUGAAAUUUGUGAUACCAGAUCUAAUCUCAGUAUAGAAAACAAUGUUGAAAAAAGUUGUUGUUCUGAAAUGAAUUCUAAUUGCCUCUGCACAGUGUGCUGCUUAAAAUCUGAAGAGCAGAAAAACAAUAUGUAUAAAAAGGCUUUUGAAGGUCUUGUGGGAUAUGAUGCAGCCGUUCUCUCUGAUGAUACUCAGACCAAGAACAAAUCCUUUCCUGAAUCAAGAGAAGAGAGUGAAACUGCUUUUUCUUGUAUGGUUCAUAGUGAAAGUGAUUUCUCAGGAGAGGUUUUGUUUGUUGGAGGAACCAGUAAUUAUGUAAAACCAAACUCUGGAAAAGUGCUUGAACACAAUACAAUUAUAUCAGACACUGCUUUCCAAGAAGGGAGUCCAAGUGUGAAUAACAAAUCUGAAUGCACAAAGAAGGCAGCUGAUCCUGAAGAUGAAAUUAUCCUGGAAGAGACUUUGGUUCCCUAUCAGAGUAAAAAAGUAAACACCACUGAAGAAAUUGCUAAACUGGUUAACAGUGUCAUCAAGUUGGAAAGCAAUAUUUUGGAAAUUAAAGCUAGACAGACUGAAACCUUACAUAACUACUCUGUAGUUGAAGCCCAAUGUGAUAUUGCAGAAAGGAGCAGAAAUAAUUUGGAAAACAAAAGUCUGGUUCAGAGAUCAAAAGAUCCCAGUGAUCUUGUGGCUUGCAAAGAUCACCAUGAGUUUUACAAAAAGCUGCACACAACAGUACUGCAUGAAGAGGCAGAGAAAGAAGAAUCGGGUGUAUAUAGUGUUGGUGGUGCAGGACACACUGAUGAAUCAAAAACAGUGGAGAUUUCUGACAGCUGCAUUCAGACAAGUAGCUGUCAUGAAAAUAAAAGGAAAGCAAACAUGGAAAUAAAUUAUCGUUCAACAGAGACUGAAGCUGCUUCUAAAAGCAUUCCUUCAUCACUGCGUUCCAGCUCAUCGGAUUUCUCUGAGAAUACUAUGGGCUUCCUUGAUACUUAUGAGGAGUUGAAGCAGACUAACAGAAUAAUAGAAAAUGUGUUGAAUACUGAAAGCAUAGCCAGAACAAUACCAGGUAGUUGUGGAGAAGAGAACUCUUUAGAAAACGGUGAAAAGGAACCAAAAAAUGCUUCUAGCAAUACAAGUGAAAUUUGUAUAACAGACUGCUUGGUGGUGGCCCAUCAGAACUUUUUUCAACAAAACAGAGUUGAUGAAAGCAUAGCUAACUCCAAAAUGAUUGGGAGUGAGGAACAAACUAAUGUAAAAGACCAUGAGAUGUUGGUUAGCACAGGGAGAGGUGAACUGCACACAAAUGUAAAUGUUGUUUCAUUUACACAAGAGACUCCAGCUCUAGAUCAGAUGUAUUCUGACACAGACAACAGUGAAAAAUUUAUAAUUGAAUCUGAGAUCCCAGAAAGAUACUUUACAGCUUCCAAACUAGAAGAACAAGAUGUUUUGUCAGUCGAUACUUUAAGGUUAACAGGAGGUAGCCAUGAUGCAAUUGAAAAGAAGGGCAAGACAGGUAUAAUGAAUAAAUUGGUGGAAGACAUCAAUAACUGUGAUAGGUCAGCUGAUAAUAGUGAGCAAAAUGUAAUCAGAGGAAAAUCUGGAAGACUUAUUAAAGAGAAUAGCAAUACAGAUAAGAGUUCUUAUACCGACUAUCCCGAGUGUGGGGUGUCUGAAGAUUUGGAUGUAAAUUUUAUUGGAAGCAAACUUGAUAAUUUUGAAUCUGAUCCAAUGCACUUCAUAGCACAAGAGAAGGAGAAAACACAUCUGAUAAAUAUGGUACAAAUGGCUAAAGCAGAUGUAAUAAAUGAAAGUUUGAAAACAUAUGAUGCGUCUGUUUUUAGAACAGAUAAAGAAAGGAAAGCUUUCAAAGAAAACAUUGAGAGUCGAGAACUGACUGCUUCACAAAAUCAAAAUGAAGUUCCACCUGAAAACAAAGGCAGCCACCAACUGACAAAUAAUAAAUUAAAUGAGAUCUUAAAAGAAAGUCAUUGGGUAUCUAAAGAUUGUUCUAGAAAUGAUGCCAAUGAUUCCUCAGUACCUAAUAAACAACAGCGUACCCCAGAAACUAUAAAGUCUUCUGAAGAAACUCAACAGUAUUUGCUUAAAGUCUUUCCAUGUCAGUCUGUAAAUCAUCCUUUAUAUUUUGGAAUAAAUACCAGCACAGAAGUUGUGCAGGAUGAUCCCACUGUGUUAAGAGGACAUGUAAAGUCAUUUAAUAGCAAUGCUGGUACGGGAGUUGUUCUUCCUUAUUAUGAAACAUUAGUGGAGAACGAUGUGCAUGUUGGAACACCCAGUACGCUUAACAAAGAGAGACGAGAUGAAUCAUUUUCUGAUAAAAUGCAAAAUAAAGACCGUGACUUUCUGCAAACCAUGAUCAUGCAGAACAAGCAGAGGGAAGGACACUUUGUAUUAAACAACACAUCUAAUUAUGCUGUAUCUGGGCAAUUUCCUGAUAAGGAUGACAUAAAUUCAACUUCCUCUAUUGCAGGGUGUCAUGAAUCCAUAAUUGUUACACCUAGUGAAGGCACAAAAAAUAAUUCAGUUUCCCUGGGAAGGUUAGAGUCUCCUGAAGAUAUAAUUCAAAAUGUGAGCAAUUCUGACACAGAGCACAGCACAGGCUUAAGUGUGGGAGGAAAAACAAAAGUUCGUUUUAAUUCCUUAGAUGAUAUAGUUCAAGAAGGAAGUAUGGCUGCAUCAAUGGCUGUGUCUGGUCCACAGACUUCAGAUAAUGAAAAUCUGCUUUCCUCUUCAAUGUUGAAAGAUAAUGCUAAGAAAGAGAAAAGAAAGCAAUCACUACCAGAGGUCUGUUCUCAGAAAGCUUUUCAAAAUAUUAAUAUAUGUCAGAAAGAAUUAGCACAAUGCAAUCAGACAGAGAAAUGUUCAGCUGCAGACUAUAUUAAAACAGACUGUAGAAGUAAUAGUGAAAGGAUUCCUGAUGUAUUUGGAUAUCAAACUGAACCCAGUGAGAUUCAGGCAUACAGGGCUUCUAGAGAUCUUUGUGUGGGAUAUCCAGACAACUCUGCAGUUGCUUCUGAGACCUUUUUAGAAAGUAUUAAUCAACCCUUGUGGAAAAAUGCUCAUUAUGAUGAACACUCUGCAAGAUAUAAUAUGAAUUCUUCUGUUUCUAAAUAUUCUGCUGGUCUGCUGAAGAAUAGCCCUGCUACACUUGCAAAUGUAUUGGUAGACAACAGAGAAGACAAAUGUAAAAUUGAUGCUGUUUGUUUUGGAAAAACAAAAUACUUUGAAAGUGAAUCAUUAGAUUUGGAUGUGCCUAUACUUGUUUCUGAUGAUCUCUCUGUAAAUCAGAAAGAUGAUGAAAGCAAAAUUUGUUCUGUAGUGGGAAAGAGAGAGAGAACAAACACACAGCAUGAUGAAAUCACUAAAGAGGUCGUUGGAGUAGAUCAAAAGCAAGAACAAAGUCAAGAUUCUUUCCAGAUUUGCCAAGGUGUAAAAGAAAAAAUAUUGUGUUUAUACCCAGAAGACUAUAUUGGUAGUUCUGGCAUGAAACUACCAGAGAAGAGCUUGCUUACAUAUCAAAGUCUUGAACAAAUUAGCAAUAAGGAAACAAAAUUUCUUACCUUAUGCACUGUGGAAGAUGUUCCAGCUUAUACAACAUUUCAAAGUUCCAACAAUCUUAGUACCUUUGAAACCUCUAAUUUGCCAGAAGACUCCAAAUCUCUGAAAUUUAGGCAGCUUGAUGACUCGUUGCAUGACAUUUCUUUGACUGACCGGUUGUCAUCUACUUUUACAAAUCCUCAUUCUCUACAAGAAAGACAAGAGAGAGAGUUUCCUCGAGCAUUUCCAAAAGUUUCUUACCCAUCAUUAAAAAUGUUUUCAGAGUAUCCUCUUACUGCUGACAUUGGUUACAAUGAAACUAGCAGAUACGAUGUUUCACAUACAACUACUUCAAACUGUUCUGCAUUUGAUAUAGUUCAAAUGCAAGAGAGUCAAUCUGAUGAUGCUGUGAUAUUUGACCAGCAGCCAUCUGCUUCAACAAGUAUUGUACUUUCUCUUACGAAAGAAAAGGGACAUUUCCCAGUAGCUGAUACAAAAUCUACCUCUCAAGGAUAUCCUGCUGAAGAUGGAAAAUCAAUACAUAAAAGUAACUCUGAACAACUCAACAAUGAAACAGAGGUUGAUAAACAACCCUGGGAUAAAGUUUCGCUACAACAAGCAUUUUUAGAAAACCUAAGGAAAGUAGAAAAUGAUGUUUCUAUGCCAUCAUCAUUAGCUGUUGGGGAUGCUAGAAGAGCAACUCUUAAUAAAGAAGAAAAUAUGAGAGAGAGAAUUAGCAGAAAUGAGAAGUCACUUACUGCAACAGACAGGAAGCAGAGAAGAACAUUUUUAAGAAAAGAUCCUGUUGAAAAUCAAACCAUAGCAUCAUCAGUUUUUGCUAACGAGGACCCACAAAUUACAAUAUUGCAAAACCCAUGUUCAGGAAACAUUAGUGUGGAUUCCAGGUACAUGUACAAUCUGUAUGGGCGAGUAUGUCCCACAGAUAACAAUGCUGCUGAUCCCAAAGAAACAUAUCACGCUGCCUCAAAUUUUGAAAUAAAUUCAUGUGCACAUUUACAAGACAAUUGGCAGGUUGGGCAUGCCAGGGAAAAGGAUCAAAGUAGAGCAAAUGUAAGCAGUGGAAAAGAUAUGGUCCAUUGCAAAAAUAAUUCAUGUUCAAAUGUUGAUAGUCCUGACAAUUCUCGGAUAGUGGCAGAUAAUAUAAUGAAGAUUAAGCGAAAGACUUCAAAAUCAGAAAGGCUAAAUCUUUCUCAGAAAAAUGAGAAUACAUCCUUCAAAAUGUUACCAGAAAACAGUUGUUUGCCUCCACAGGAACCCAAGUUGGUAUUACUUAGGAAUGAAAAAUCAUACUUUACUGCACAAAAUACAAAGCAUUGCAGACAAGAUGAACAAAGAAAUUGUUUACAGAAUCACAUAUUGUCAGCCCCAGCUAUUUCUGCAAUCUCUGAUCUUGAAUACACUUCAGAAGUUUCGUCUAAGGCACAUCUUUCUUUGUAUCCUGCCUCUAAAUCUUUACAAGAAUUGAAUAUGAGUGUUGAGCCUCCAUCUCCAACUGAAGAUGAUCUUCAUGGAAUUGAAAGAUUUUCAAAAUUGGAGUUAGAUAAUUUCAUACUGGCUAAAUAUAAACCUAGAUUGCAGCAGAGAUUGGUACAAACUCAGAGACUUGCUAAUUAUGAUCCAAAAAGCUCACAAAACUAUGGGGAGAGAAGCCGAGGCAGCAAUUCCUUAGAGCCCUCUGCUAUUCACUAUUCAACUGCUUUGGCACAUAGAGCUGGUCGUUCCAUGGAUAUAGAAGUAAAAAAACAUUCAGUUAAUACUUCUUUACCACAGUGCAAUGAAGAGACAAUUGAAGAAUUGAGAGAUCAACCAGAAGAAACAGAUUUAUUUUUACAGGACAAUAAAGAUGCAAUGCAUUUUAGUUCAAGUGAUAUCAAUCCAUACAUUCAUCCAUGGCAGCAAGAUGGACUCUGCAAGAUUGGUUGGAAGCAGUAUGUUUUUGGUAGUGCAAGUGAUGUCUCUUGCAGUCAGCCUCCUCUAAGCCUGGAUAAUCAUAAGGUUAUGAGAUGCUCCAGUGUGGAUAAUGGACUGAACUCUCAAAACUCCCCUUUUCACUCUCAUCUCAGUUCUUAUGCUAAUGCAAAAGUACUAUCAAGCACUUUAAGCAGCAUUGAAGACCCCCAGGGAUGGGAUGAUGUGAGACAGGGCUUUGAAUCUACAUAUUCAAGUGACAACAGCAAGCAUUAUGUAAAUGUAUCCAGUGAGAUACUUGAAACAACCCCCAAAAACAGAAUUUCAACAUUUGAGAAUUCUUCUGAGCAACCUGGAAACACUUCCAUGCAAGUUGAUGAAAUUGUACUCCUCUACCCUUCUGAGUCAGAAACAGCCUCCAAAAAAACACAAGGCAUUACUUGUGAGCAGGGAACACAAACAAUGGCUACAGGAAGGUAUAAAAGACAGAAAAGGCACCGGAGAAGUUAUACAGAUGUUUCUGCAAGAAAACAAGAUGCAAGUAGGAGUUCAUUUCAGCGACCUUCUUCUUGGACGAGCAUGCAGAAUCUGUCCAUCCACCUAUCACAGCUUCUUCAUAACACUUCCGAGCUGCUGGGAAACCUCUCCCAACAGAAUGUUAUAGAUAACGAGCAGAAUGCCAAAAUCAAUCAAAGAGGAAUUGCUGAAGAGAUUGUAAGGGCUGCUAUGUCAGACAGUUGUACUCAAACUACAGGAGAUGUAGGCAUUCAAGCUGAUAUUUCAGAACAUCCUCAAAGCAAAAACAAAGAAAAUCUAUUGCAGGCAAAAAUUGAAAAUGAAUCGAUGAAAGCUCAGGAAGUGAAUGUGAUUGUGAAAGUGGUAGGUUCAGAUACUGUAUAUAGGUCUCAGGAAAAGAAAGAUGUAGGUCUGACUAUUCAAGCGAGAACUCCAGAAAGCAUUGAAAUGAGAAUGCAGAGCAUGCCUGACUUCAGUGACUCUGCUGCUAAUAUUUUGGGAGAUUCCUUUAUGCAUCUGCCUUCAUUAGCCAGAGCCUCCACUCCUAUUUUAGAUUUUCAGAAACCACCAUUCAGCACACAGCAGAAUGUUGCUUUUGGCAGUCCCACAGUUUCUCCUGUUGUAUCAUCUUCACUGAGUUCAGGACAAGAUGAAUCUUCAUGCACAGUAGUUAGCAGCUCUACUUCUAGUACAUCUCAAUCUCCAGCACAUUACGUUCAGGAUAAGAGAACUGUUGAUGAAUCUGAUAUUGCAGUAGUAAGGAAGCUAUGUUAUAAAAACACUUCAUUAGUUGACAGAGCCUCUUCCCCUAUUCUAACACUUAGUGCAAAUCCAAGCAACCAGGUUACCUGUAGCAAGUCCAUUUGGUCUAUCAAGGGAUCUGUGGAACAUCCUCUUGAUACUUCAAGUUCCUUUAAUCAAAGAAAGCAAGGCUCACGUUCAUGUUCUGGCUUGGGCACCUUGGAGCCUCAUGUAGACAAUUCUUCACAAACAGAAACAGACAAUGAAUCUACCACUUCUAGAAAUAGCAAGGAAGUGACCAAGAAAUCUGGAAGUUUCUCAGAUAAGAACACGGCUAAAGAGUUCUUAGGAAUAGGUGUUACAAAAGAAUUGAAGGAAAAGCACAGAUUCACUGUUGACGCGCACACUACAAUUCGUGCAAAAAGACUGUAUCAUUCAAGUAGCACUUUAGAGGUUUCUGGCCAUGGGGAAUAUCUAGUUGAUGAUCUCAAAGAGCACAUUCCAAUGGAACGUUCACUACAUUGUAUGUAUGCCACCAGAAGAGGAAGAGGCUCUUCAGGAAGAAUCAGAUAUGACAGAACCACUGGAAGUUCUGAUGCCUCUUUGAUUAAAAACCACUCUCAGACUUCUUAUGUUGAGGAAUGUAGACAUUCCCCUCCAAAUUCUGACUUGCUUUUUAAUCAAGAAAUUAGCACGUGUUGGUCAAGCAAGACAAAUGCUGAUGGAUCUCCAGAACAUCAGAUAGAAGCCUCUUCUGCACAGUUCCACCAUUCCUUUUGGAAAAAUCAAAAUAGCUGCCCUUUUCCACUUUCUAAAAUGAGUGACAUGCAUGUACCCCUUCAAGAUGAUGAUACAGCAUCGGCUUCUGCAAGUGAAUGUAAUACUGAAAUUCUACUAAACGAGAAUGACUCCUUAGUGAAUACACACAGGCCACGAAGCUAUAGUCUUCGUGACUUGCCCCUACACAAUAAAUUUAGCAACUGGUGUGGAGUGAAGGGCAGUCCUCCAUCCUCAAUAAUUAGCUUGACUGGCAGUGCUGCUGAUUUACAAAAUCAAAUGGAAAAGAAGCCAGUCAGCAAACAAGCAACUGAAACAGAAGUGAAAUCCCAGCCUUGGGAAAGUAGAACAAGAGAAAUUGAGAGACUUCGAAGAGAGCGUGCCCAGAUUAUGUCUGGCAUACAUCUGGAUAUGAAGCAGCACCCUCUUACCGUAGAGCUUACUGAAGCAAAGCUGAAUUAUGGAAUUGGGGAAACAGAUGCACUGCUGAGAAUUCUUCAGAAUGGAAUAGGGGAGGAUCUGACUUCAGUUCCCAUAAAGCAGCAACUUUAUGAAAGGCACAUGAAGACAAUCGAAGCCCUGAGAAAGCAGAGGGAGGAAAGGCUGCAGAGCUUUAGGAGAACCCGCAGUCUCAGUCCACAAAAGCAUCUGAGCCUGUUGCAGAUGUUGGACACAAACCAGCGGGAUCUGGAUCUCCCCAGCAGACGCCGAGAGUACCUGCAGCAACUGAGAAGAAAUGUAGUAGAAAAUACUAGAGUCCAAGAACCACAGAGGAGGAUUGCCCAGUAUCCUUCAGAGAUUGAACUACUACUCCGAGACUAUCAGAGGGCACGAGAGGAGGCCAAGACUGAAAUUGCAAGAGCAAGGGACAAACUUCGGGAGAGAGCUGAGCAAGAAAAGAGACGUAUACGAGAGCAAAUAUUUUCUCAUCUACAGAAGGAAGAAGCAAAGCUGAAGACACUUGUAAGCACAAGCACUUUAUGUACAGAUUCCAGCCUAAGUCUUUCCUCUGGCCCAACAUCUGGUUAUAACAGCAGCAACGCUGCUACUUAUGCUGCAAGUAAACUCAGCAAACAGGAAGCACUGAUUUCUCCUGGAAGUGCAGAGCUCCCAAGAGGAGAUACAAGAGGUCGCUCAGCUGUUAGAAAUAGUCAACUUUAUGUGUUAGAGCAACUACAAAAGAAUUCAGCAUGUGAGAGCAGCAGAGAUCAGUCACCACUUCCAUCUGCUAGCAUCAGCCAUAGGUUCCGUCCUGGACUAACUCUUUCAGUCAGCUCCUCUCCUACAAAAGAAUACCAGGAUUUGUCCAAACACAUUUUGGAUAAUGCUAUCACUGAGGUUAUGGCAGCAUGUUCAAAUAACCUGAGGAACUUUUACAACUGCCAGGCAGCAGCUGGUUGGAAAUACCAGUGUACAGAAAAAGAGGUACUGGUUUAUUACAAAGUCUUCCCAUCAGCAACUAAGCAUGGGUUUUUGGGAGCUGGAGUGAUUGAAAGACCUCUUCCCAAUGUGUGGUGCAUGGUGAAAGACCCUGGCAAAAGGCAUCUAUAUGACAAAACCAUUAACACAGCUCAAGUACAUAAGAAAGUAACGAGCCAUAUUCAGCUGGUAUAUUUGGUGAGUGAUACUUCAUUGUGUUAUCUAAAGCAACCACGGGAUUUCUGCUGCAUCACGGUACAGGCCAAAGAGGAAAACUUGUCGAUUUUAGCUAUUCAGUCUAUCUAUGAUGAGUCCAUGCCUCGUCCUUGUAAAGAAAUGGUACGAGGGGAGAUUCUACCAAGUGCUUGGCUAUUGGAACCUGAUCGAGUAAAUGGAAAAGACAUCACCAGAGUCAUUUACAUGGCACAGCUAUUAUAAACAAAAUGCCAGAAUGUAAAGAAUGAGAUUGAAAAUAAUACAAUUCCAUUGUAAUACACUGCCAUUAUGCAAGACCUCAUUGAGAGUAUGAUGUUCAUUUCAGCCCCUAUCUCAAGCAGAAGGGGACCAGAGCCAGGUGAUGAAAGUGAGUACAGGAGAGAAAGUACUGGCACUGUUUUGAGAGACGACAAAUUAGGGGGGUCACAGAAGGUGGUUUACAAAUUAGUUAAAAUAAAAUUAGCCUUCACUCUCUGAGAUAAUACAAGAACAAGGGGGAAGUUAAUGAACCUGACAGACAACAAAUGUAAUUUUCCAUUUCACUGUUUCAUUUUUACUAUCAUAGUCCCAUCUUCCAUUCUUACAAUACAGGACUAGUAUUAUGGUGCCAGCUACAAGGAAGCAAAGAAUUGUAAAACUCCAUCCCCUGUUGCCAACUUGAGUAAGAAACAAACUAGGGAGUAUUUAAAAGAGAAGACAGGAUCCCCCUCAUUUCAAUGAACUGUGAUACAGGAGUUUGUGUUAUGCUCUUAGCAUCCAAACUAAUUCUGUUUUUUUCACCUGCAUGUUAAAAAUAAAAAGGAACUGUACUGUGUAGUAAUGUUAUACCCUGAGAGCUAAAAUUUAAUUAAGCUUAUUCUUUCCUACUUAAAGAACUUUUCAUCCCCAUUUUUCAAUUCUGUUCUAUUGUAUAAUGCUCUCCAUAUAUUUUAAAUGUAAAAUCAUUGUUUACAGUACUUUCAGUGACUAAGGGCUUUAGUUUGCCUACUUAAUUUUCUGCAGUAUAGUAUACAUUGAAUUUGCAUAGUUUGUCAGAGCAGCUUGUUCUCAUGAAUUUGAAGCUGACUUAGUCACAAGCUAUAAAUCAAACCGCAAAUUACAUUUGCUCAAAUCGUACCUAAGCACUGCAAUCGACAAAGUUGACUUUCUCUCUUAUACAACACCAGUAUGAAGUAGGCAGACUUAAUUCAGACGUCAAUCAUACCACUAAACACUAUUACCUUUUAUUUUGUACUUUUUCCUGACUCAUCAUUAUUUGUGACACAGGGACUAUAAUGUGUUUACUGUGUACUCUUACACCAUUUAGCCAUUGGAAACCACACUGGAAAAACUGCCUUGAUUCAAGAGCACUUACAAAAACCCUUCUAUUUUAAUUUCUGCAGGUCGAUCUUGGCGCCCCAGCUAUCCCUGCACGGCUUCUGAGCUCCAUUGUUAAGCGGCAGCCUCUGGUGAUUGCUAGGCUAGCACAUUUUUUUGCUAGUUAACAACAGAACCAGACACAGUUACAGUGGGAGAAAGCUGCUAAGUACCAAGGAAUAGAUGUGAAAGUCUUUAUCCUCCUCACAGACAAAGUAAAAUUUUGGCUUAGAAAACAUGUCCCACUUCAGAACUGGAGAUGAGAAGCAACAGGCUAACCAGCCAUGGGCAAAGCUAUUACUGAAACAAACAAAUGGAAGACCAUCAGCUCCAGGAAUCACUGUUCAAACAGUAAACAUUCCUGGGGUACCUGUCCUUACCAGAGGUAGGUCCCUAACUGCACUUGCUGUUCAGUAGUGGGAAAAAGUGCUGCCUGUAGAAGUUCUGUCAGCAAAGGCAGAGCGCACUCACCUUGCAAGCAAUCAACAUCUAUAUGUAGAAAUCUGCUUGGGUGCAAAAGGCAGGUUACAGCUAUUUCAAAGUGCAAUCCUUCCUUCGCCACUGCUUGUUUUUCUUCCAAGAAAAAAGAAGUGAUGUAAGAGUAUAUCAUGGCCAGAGGCUUUUUACAAGCCCUUAUAUAGAGAAACAAAUCUGUUGUAAUGCUCCUUGUAGCAUCUGACAAGAAUGAUGCUUACAGAUGGAGGCUUCAUAAUAAACAUUGUAGAUAAAGUCAGCUUGCCCACCUGGAGGAGUCACUUCAUCUUGGCAAGGUUAAAAUGUUAACAGCAUGUCAAACUAAUCAUUCUACACCCCGCUUGAAUGAAGAUCUAGAUCCAGUAUAUCAAAUUGUCACUAUUCAGCAACAAUGGCAAAAAAAAAAAAAAAAAAAAAAAAAAAAAAAAACCAUACCUCAGGAGACAAUUUAUUAGUGCUCUAUUACACGAUCAUUGUAAUGUAGAAUUAGGUGCUUCGAAGUGGAGAAACCAAACUGACAGUUGUAAAGCAAGACUUUUUUUUUUUUUAAAAUAGGGAGUAGAACUGAUGAUUCAAGUUGUUUAUAGAAUUAAAAUCCUGCAAACAUGAAAAGUUUAGCUUUGUCCUGAUGGCUGUUCCAUUCUUUUUCUCACCUGUACCAACCAGAUUCUCUAGCGUGUGACAUUGGCUACAAUGAGACAGUUGCUGUUCACAGUUCCCUUGUAGCAUUCCUAAUGAGCUCAUGACUGGGAGAAACUCUCCAGCUGAAUUUUGUCUGAAACUCCUACUUUAAAGCUAUAUAUACAGAAAACCCUUUUUCUAUAAAAUUCAGUCAUGAUAUUCUUUUAAAAAUAAUUAAGGGACUAGGUUUCAUUGAGCUGUAUCAUUAUUAUUUUGGGUAAAGCUCUUCAACAUUGCUAUAGCAGAGAACCACUUAAGGCAUUUUAUUGCUUGAAAGGGGUAAAGGUCCCUGCUGUCCAAGGUAGUACUGCACUUUAAAUGUGAUCAAUGGGUAUCUAUAUCAAGCAUCUAACUUCAACAUGGUACCUAAGGCUGGUUGUCUAAGUUAAGAAAAACAGCCAUGAUUUUUCCCCCCUAACAAGUCCAGUGCACCUUUAGAAUCUGAGGGCUAAAGUCUGCUUUCAGUUUAACUCUGCAAUCCACCUACUUCACUGAGGUUGCACAUGCCUAACGGGGCAGAAUUCAAUCCUUAAGCAUAGUAAAUUAGACACCCAUUUGUGUCAAAUGGUCCAGAAAAUUAAAGUAAAAUAUUCAGAUCAAAUCGUUGUUCUGGUGUGACAGGGAUGAGUGAUUGCUUAGCACCUACUCAACCACUGUUGCGUUUAAUUCAUUAAUCACUCACCUGCCAGAGAAAACAAAUUCCAGAAAUAGCUUUCAGCAAGUGACAAACCCCCACGCUGCACUCCCCAAUGUUUAAAGGGAUAACAACUAAUUUCCUUCUUUCCACUAAAAAAAGCCAUUGUACAUUGACUUGGGGGUGGACUUGGUUCCUCCUCCUGGCUCUAAGUACCCCAGAACCCUUUGAUUCAGACUUAGCAGUAGCUACAGCACAUUGCAAUUGGGAAAGUGCCAAUAAGCUAUUUUAUUGCAGCUAGACAGGGAAAGGUAUGAAACCUUCACAUAACCCAUAAAAUAUUUGCUGUUUAAGUGAAAGGUUUGCUUGUUUUCCAUUAUUUUGGACAUGGCACUCUGUUAAUGACAAAGCAAUAUUUUCAGGAACAACAUCUAGGACGACUCAAGGAGGUCAACAGUGACAGUGCCUAUUGAAAGAUAAUGUCUUAUUGUACAGUGCAUCAGAUGUUUAUUUUUAUAAAUGCAUAUGAUUGUUUUUUUCUAUGUUUACAAAUUAAGUUAUUUAUAUAUAUGCUUAUUUUGAAGUUUUAUAUGCCGAUGAAGUUAAUUUUUAUUUUUACUGGUAUUCAAUUAAUAAGCUUUUUUUAAAUACAAUUGUCAAUUGAUACUAAAUAGCCCUAUUUAUACAGAUGUUUUCUUUUGCAAAUAUAGCAACAUUUUAUGAUACUGUUGAUGUGUGGGAUUGGUUUGUUUAGAAGAAAAGUGGGACAAAAGCUAGCUGAUGUAUUUGUUAUCAAGACAAGGCAAAAACUUCCUGUCAGUAUUUUACUAUCAUUAUAGCAGUAGAUUUGAAUGAUAGUGAAUCAAAUCAAUCAUACUGUAUCUCUUAUCCCAUCUCGCUCAACAAGGAUUGCUAUUUUCAUAUCCAUAAUAAAUAGUAUUUUCUACAUAGAGAAAACGCCCCAACUGACAUUCAUUGUCUUAACAUGCUCUGUCUACUCAGUCCUUCACAAAAUAUGAGAGUUAAUGGUCAUUAAAAUGAUUUAGGAAAUAACCAAAAGGCUUACUUGAUGAUAAAAUUCUGUAGGGCAUCCAUAUAACACCCUCAAAUUAUAGAAGUUAAUAAGUAAUUUCUCAUUAAUCUAAUUCUCUAUAAAAAAUACAAACAGCACAAGACAUUUGCAGUUCCUUCAAAGCAUUAUUAUAGCUUUUUCCAUACAAUACAAUGCCUAGCUGUUAAUUUGGAGAUACUGAAGUCAGCACUGAGUCUUGUUCAGACUUCUCAAGAUGCACUUUAGAGUAUCAACCCUAACAACUUCCUAGCUGACCUCCACCUGCGGAGUAGCUAAUUUUCACAAUUUUUGGAUGGUCACUGCCUUCUACAGAAGGGGAGGGAAGGCUUCUAGCUACUGGGAUUUGGCAGGAAUGAGUGCUCCCUCCCACCUCACAUGACCUGAUGUGACCCCUUUCCUCCCCCCCACUAGUUCCCAACCUCUCACCAUCAGCAGCAGCCACUAAAGAGUAGGCACAGAGCAGGGGUCUCAAAGUCAUGGCCAGAAGAUGACACAUGCAGACACCGCCCCCUGCAGCUCCCAUUGGCUGGGGAAGAGGGACAGAGAUACCAUCAUUAGUUGCCAGGCAGCAUCACUUUUUUCCACAAUGAAUAUAAACAAGUCAAAAUACUGAACACAACUAUCUGAUGCAAACCUUGCGGCAAUCCUGAAGGUUUCAACUGCUCAGUCACUGGGGCCAAACAUCAACAAACUGACAACUGAAAUGUUGCCAAGUGUCUGGCAAGCGAAGAAUUGUAUAAAGUUAUAUGACAGUUUUAUUAUUUCUAAGAAAUUUGAAAUAAAAAAUACAAUAUGAA